AUGAGGCGGGCUGGGCCCUGGUGCCUGCUCCUGGCCGCGGCCUGCGCCCUGAGCCGGCCCCCGCCGCCGCCGCGGGUCGCGGUGCGCUGCUCGCCCGCCGGCACCUGCUUCAGCGUCCACCUCGACAACGCCUCCUACUCCGCGGCCAGCGGCGCCUGCGGCCAGCGGCAGGGCGGCCUCGCCUGGGUCAGCGGCGAGCCGGAGCUGCGCCUGCUGUUGGGGCUCGUGGCAGAGGCGGCGGCGCCCGCGCUGCUCUGGGUCGGGCUGAAGAGGAACGCCUCCACCUGCACCCAUGCGGAGCAGCCGCUCCGCGGCUUCACCUGGGAGGGCGUCGGGGGCGGGACGGCCCCGCAGGAGGUGCCGGCGGCGCUCGGCCGGUGGGUGAAGGAGCCCGUGCGGUCUUGCCUCAGUGCGCGCUGCGCUGGGCUGCACCUGGUGGCCGUCCCCGAGAGCAGCCCCAGCUGGGGCUGGGAGGAGCGGGUCUGCCAUCGGGAGAGCCCAGGCUACGUCUGCAAGUACCAGUACGAGGGCACCUGUCCCGACCUCAUCCCCGCGGGCGCUCUCAACUUCGACUACCGCCUCCCCUUCGGGGAGGGUAGCGCCGGCCCCGGCUUCAGCCCGCCGGGCACUGUGCUGACCGUGGCGUGCCGCGGCGGGGAGGUGCAGCUCACGUGCCAGUCCGAUCCUGGCGGUUUCGCCUGGAAGGCAGCAGAGGAGCCCCUCUGCCCCUGCCUCUGGGGCCGCCGGAGCCCCGGCAGCGUGCAGUGCGCCGAGGCUGCCGGGUGCCGCGAUGCCUCCGGCGGCUUCGCCUGUGUCUGCACCCCGGGCGGGCGGGACGGUACUCCCUGCCCGGGCACGGGGGCAAGCGGCCCCGCCGGGUCUCCGGGUGCCGGGGCGGAGGGGCGGCAUCCCUCCAUCCCGACACCCGGUAGUUCCGCGGGGCCGCCCGCCGCUACCACCGUGGCCGCCGGCGGACAGAAGACGGCUGUUCCGCUGCCCUCCUCCUCCUCCAACUACGUUUUCGUCCUGGUGACGGUCGCGGUGGUGGUGCUGGUCAUCCUGGUCAUGACCGUCCUGGGGGUUUUCAAGAUCUGCUUCAAUAAGAAAUCCGAGGGCCGCGGGGACAAGGAGUCGCCCGAGGCCGGCAGCAAGGCGGAGGCGGGUUCCGCGGAGCCGAGCGGAGCAGCGGGCAGUGACUAGUCCCAGGCGGCGGGGCCGCGUCCCUCGGGGCUGCCCCGAGCGGCAGCUCCUACCCCGGGCCAGCGCUCGGAUGCCCACGUCUCUCCUGCCGCGGGGAGCCGAGGGAGAGGUGCCGUGGGACUUGGCUGGGCAGGACUUGCGGAUUAUCCGACGCGGGGGCACGCACCUUUUUGAAGGGUUUGAAGCUUUUGGACAGUCAAGAGUUUUUAACCGUCUGAAAAACAGUUAUUUAGGUGCUGACAUAAGUGAAAUAUAAAUAUGUCAUCCUGGCCGACAGUGCGAUUGCUGCUGCAACAGUUGUGGGGUUUUAUCCUCUCAAAACCUCUUCGUUCAGUGCCUUACUUAGAGCAAGCAUAAAGGGGACCACGUUGAGCACUUGUAAUUUAGAAGUCGCUCCUUCCCUGAGUGGUACUUGGAGACUCUAAUUUUCUUUCUAAUUGCUGGAACGUUUGGAGAGGUGAACUGCCAUAAUUUUGGAUGAAACUGUGACCCAUACUCUUUCAUACUUAACAUUCUUAAAAAUGAGAGAGCAUUUCUAUACUUAGAAGGUUAUUAAAUUGCUAAGGCAGUAGGAGGUUAAUGAGAAGUCAGUUUUAUACUUCAGUUAAUGAAUAAAGAAUGACAUAAAAGCUAAAUCACUGCUCUGCUUUUUACUUCAUAGAAUAUGAUUUUUUUAUUGUAGCAGAGGACAAAGUUUUUCUCGUAAGUUGUGCUGGUACAAAAUUUGCUUUCUGUAUGCAGUAUGUUGCUCCCUUACAAUCAGACAAGGUGCUGACACACCACACUGCGAGAGGAGUUAACGUGAGUCUAAAUACAUCAUGCAAAUCUUAUUCUUUUUAGUCAGAUAUAUUAUUUUCCACGAUGUCCCUUGAGAGUAAGGAAAGAAAUAUUAGCCAUUUGUGCCCCUAGCUAAAUGAGGUAAACACUUCCUCUGUGAUUUCCCUUGGGGAUUCCUGUAAAGCAGCUUUCAUCCUGGCCACAGAACUUGCUUUCUUUGCAGUUCAGAGUGCUGAUGCUCAUUUCUUCUUAUUAUGGUGUUGUUUUUCAAUUAAAGUGGUAAUGCUAAAUAUUGAUUCAAGGUUUUCUGAGUGCAGUAAGACACAACUAACUGGAUCCAUCCAGGUCUUUUGGGACGCAGGGAGGGUAGUGAAAUUAUUGAUUCAUAACCAUUAUUCAGUGGUCUGCAAGGCAGAUUCAGUGCAAGGUUUGCCGUUUACAUCCAUAGGAGGAGAAUAACUAAGGUCAUAACAACUAAAGAUAAUCAUAACAAGAACUGAAAUUGG